AAUUGCGGCAAUAAGGCUUAGGUUAAAUUAUCUUAUGAAAAUUUCAUUCGUUUGACUUGUAUGAUAUUAAAUAUAUAUAUAUAUAUAUAUAGAUUAAUUAACUAUAAAAAAUAGGAACUAUGGCAGAAAUAAUCGAAUUACGUCCUAAUAGAAGUUUGAUGAAUUCAUCUUUUGAAAAGUAUCAAUUUUCUACCGAUGCUGUUUCUAUAAUUUCUGAAAUCGAGCUAAAAAAUGAUGUAUACAGAUUAGAACCAAAUCAGAAUCAAGAAUCCUGGUUAGAAGCAAGACUAUUUGCAUUUCAUAAUCAUUUAUUUAAGAAUGUAUAUGAUAUAUCGUGUUGGUUUAUUGAUAAAGAUUGGAUUGUUUGGCGUUUAGAUAAGGACGAUUCUUUGAAUCAAAUGUAUAAAUUAAAUACUGCAGACACAGACUUGUCAAAAUUAAUGUACAAUCCAUCAAUUGGAUUCACUUCGGAUAAAAUUUCAGCAAUUUCUGAUGGUGGUGAAAAACUAGAGAUAUUAGUAGGAAAUACAGAACAGAAUAUGAAAGUCUUUUCACUAGGUCCUGUAGAACCUGGAGUUAUCAUGGAUGUGCAAUACAUAGAAAAAGGCUUAAAGAUUAUUGUAACUAUGUGCACUAUUGUUUCACAAAAUGAUCAAAAGAAAUAUACACAGCUCACUCUGCUAUCAUACACCUUGCAAUACACAGAAAAUGAGAUAAAGAAUAUUCAUUUCUUAAAUAAACAGCUACUGAAAGUACAAGGCAGUGUGGAUUACGUCUAUGUGGAAAAAAAUGGUAAUUACUUGCAUUCUAUUUGUCAAAAUAAUAUUGAUUUUGAGAAAGAAGCUACAGAAGAAUCUGAAAGAAAGAGAAAACAAUCAAAUAUUGAUUUGCAAAUAAAAACUCCAAAAUAUUAUUGGUCACAGGAUGAAGAUUCGCUUACUGUUUGGAUUAAAAUGCCUAAACAACAUAUCGAUAAACAACCUAAAAUACAAGUCAAGCCAUUAGAAUUAUCUGUUGUAAUUGAAAAUGAAGUAUUAAUACAAGGAGAGUGUCAACAUAGAUUAGAGGAAAAUGUGGCAACAUGGAGGCAGAAAGAAGGCACAUUGCAAAUUGAUUUAAGUAAAUGUGAAAAUGGAUUGAUGUGGAGUGAGUUAAUCAAAGGUGAUACAGGAGGUGAAUGUUUACCCAAUGAUGCUCUUGCUGCAGAAAUUCAUGAAAAGCUAGCACAUUUAUGUACAGAUCAGAACAGCAGUGCUGGUGGAGAUCAACCUUGUAUAGGAUUUAAUGCUGAACAAUUAGAAGAGUGUGAUCUAGAAGGAAAAGAUAACUUUUUACAAAGGAUUAAUCUUCCUAUGCAGACAACCACGCAUUUAUCUAGAUUGGGAAGUAAUAAUCAUGUGCUGUUCACAUGCAAAAGGAAAUAUGGACAAGUAGUAUGUUUGAGACAUGAUCACGAUGCUUGCAUUUGGAUAAUAGAUGAUAUGGAUGAUGAUACUCAAUGGGAUAUAAGACAUACUCAUAGUUUUCCUAGAUUUGGCUAUGUUGAAGCUAGUAAAACCAAUAAAAAAUUUUGUGUGUCUCCAAUUGAUGGUUUGUAUAUAGCUAUAAUAGAACAUACAAGACAUGUAUUUUUGUACGAAAAACCUGAUGAAGCAGCAAAGAUAGCCAAGCAAUGGAUUGUGGACCUAAAUUGUGAAAAUUCCCCUAUUAUGGGCGCCGUUGCUACAAAAAAGUAUUUAUUUGUACUUUCAAAAGAUAAAUUAUAUCGUUUACAGAUCCAUUUAUAA